AUGGAGGACUCUGAGAAGGGAACCGACCAGCACAUCGAGGUGGUAGGGGAUGAAUGCAAGAGACAGGAAUUAAAUGAUGAAUCGAAGGUGAUGGGAACGGUCAAGUUGACCGAGGAAUCAAUCGUCUAUAUCCCAACACCAACAGCUGAUCCCAGAGAUCCUUUGAACAUGGCACGCUGGCAAAAGGGAGUUGUUCUUGUGGUCAUCUCGACUUUCGCCACGCUCAGCCUUUCCUUGGUCUCUGGUUUUGGUGGUGUUAUAACGUUUUAUAUUGAUGAGUAUUCAGCAGCCGGCAAAGAUUAUGCCCAAAUCACUCAGUUGAUGACCUACCCUACUAUGUUCAUGGGUAUUGGAAAUCUUGUCGGAAUGCCUAUUGCAAUUGCUGUUGGCCGCCGAAUCGUAAUCUUAUCCGCCACCGUCGUUCUUAUACUCGGAGCUGUGCUCUGCGCAACAGCGAAGUCAUAUGAAUGGCACCUUGGAGCUCGCAUGGUGCUGGGCCUUUGUGCAGGACAGACGGAAGCUCUGGUGCCCAUGAUUACUCAGGAGUUAUUUUUCCUGCACGAGCGAAGCAAAGGGUUGAUGAUGCAACAAGCUAUUCAAGUCCUUUUGAAUACAAUCUGGGUGCUUUUUGCCAGCCCGAUUUCUGGAAAGAUUACACCCGAAGGCUGGUAUGGUCUUGGGGCAGGACUGGCUGUGGUCCAAUUCUUCAUCGCCCUUUUCCUUCUUCCCGAGACCAAAUAUUCCCGUGACCUCGGUGCAUACCAAGAGUCAGUGUCCAAUGACGCUUCAACUGAGCAAGUUGACCUCGAGGCCCAUGAACCUGUCAAACCUACCACGGUUGUUUGCAAAGAAAAGCCCCCGCUCGACUUUGUAAAUUAUAAGGCACGAACCUGGCGGUCAGACAUGCGACUGUGGAUCGGAACACCAGAAUGGUCUAAAGCUGUAGAUGUGUACAAGCAAAUUUUUGAGCUCUUUCUAUUCCCCAAUGUCUUCUGGGCCCUCUGUCUCAACGGCCUAACUAUUGGAGUCAAUAUUGCCAUCGGAACAACCUAUGGCACUAUUCUCACAGGUGCACCGUAUAACUGGCCAGACACGAGUACAAGUUAUGUCAAUUGUGGGCAGAUUGUUGUGGCUCUCAUUGCUCUUCCGUUGCUUGGAAAUGGCUCAGAUUCAAUAUGCAAGUGGCGUGCCAAGCGCAAUGGAGGCAUGCACGAACCAGAAUCAAGGAUAAUUACUCUUAUUUUCCCCAUCAUCAUCGGAACUUUCACAGCAGCUCUCUAUGGACAAGGAGGUGCACACCCGAACGACUACCACUGGUUCGUGUAUGUCUGGGCUGUUGCAGCUUAUUACUUCGCCUUCGUUGGUGCAAACAUUGUAGCGAUCACAUAUUUACUCGACAGCUACCCUGCUCGUGCAGCGCCUCUGCUGGUCAUUAUUUGUGCAGGUCGAGGAUUCAUUUCCUUCGGGACCAGCUAUGGUACAACUUCAUUUAUUGAAAGCAACGGUUAUGAUGGUGCAUUCGGCAUUUUCGGGGGACUGACGGGGUUGCUUGGAUUGCUUGGCUUACCGAUUUACUUUUGGGGGAAAAAUAUCCGACAGUUCACUGGAAGGUUCACAAAGGGUAAGGUGGAGUAG